GACGCAAAUACUGAUGUCCUUUAUUUGAGCUAUGGAGAGGGAAUUUGUUGCUUUAGAUAGAUUUAUAUGUUAUCUGAAGUGCGAACAGAAACGUCACAACUGACCAAUGAAGAAGAUCUUCGCGCUGCCGAUGUAAUACGACCUGAAGACGUCUUGCGUCUCAACGCGAUCACUCAGGAUUACCUUUGUAAACCUUCGGCGAACAUAUAUGAUAUCGAGUUUACCAGGUUCAAAAUUAGGGAUUUGGACACUGAUCAAGUGCUGUUCGAGAUAGAAAAGCCUCCAGAUGACGCUUCUGAACGCGAAGAUCAACCUACUGAGCCAGCCAGAUAUGUUCGAUAUCGGUUUUCCGAAGACUUUCUACACCUGAGAAGGGUUGGUGCAACCGUUGAGUUCGUGGUAGGCAACAAGCCAAUCAAUAAAUUUCGGAUGGUCGAACGACAUUUUUUCAAGGAUCGAUUACUGAAGAGCUUCGACUUUGAGUUUGGAUUCUGUAUUCCGAAUUCGAGAAACACGUGUGAGCAUAUCUACGAAUUUCCCCAUCUUAGCCCCGAACUAGUCAAAGAGAUGGUGGAAUGUCCGUACGAAACCCGCUCUGAUAGUUUUUACUUUGUGGAUGACCAACUAAUCAUGCAUAACAAAGCGGACUAUUCAUACGACGGCUAAAUUCACACGGAGCACAUUAUUAUCUGCUUAUACAAGUGGGCUUGAUUUGUAAUGAUCAAUUUUGCAGUAAUAAUUAUUAGGUUUCGACACGAGAUGGCUGGGUAAAAUAAUCUUUUGAAAGAAAAACGCAUGCGCAAAUCAGGCUGAAACUUGGGCAGCGCGGUUGCAAGGGAAUUGUAAAUCAAUGAAGUUUUGCAAAUAGUUUCGUCUGCGCUUUAAAAGACUGGUAAUAGUAAACAAGCCGAAGGGCCAUCUCGUCUUGUAAAACCUGACAAUUAUCUAUGCCGAUUCUAUCAUUAAGUUAUUGUGCAGUCUGUGAUGCCUGUUUUCUUUGUAUGAUUCUUAUGGCUAACAAACAUUGAACAUUUUUAUGUACGUGGAAAUUAGCAACUUCAACCUUCGGUCAACAGUCGGUCGAAAUAAUUGAUCUCUUAAUUAUAUUCUUUCUGAGC